CCCAUCUUCUCCUUCUUGUCUGCCUCAUGACCUCGACUCCAAAUAACCCUGCAUCGCCUUCUUCCCCCUCUCCGAUCAUCUCACUUGCAAAGCGCGGUGCUCAAGACCCUCUCUACGCGUACGGCCUCUCUGCCCUCUUCUGGGCGUCUGUCCCCGUAUCUUUCUUAUCCGCUCACUCGGACGCACGAUCACCUCGCCUUGCUUCGUCGUCUGGUCACGCUGCCGCAGCGAAGUCACCUCUCGCAAAGGCCCUUGACGCUCAUAGUUUAGACACAGUCAAGACUGCGGGGCAGAAAGUAGCUUCACCCAAGACUAUCCUUCGUGGUGGACUCGCCCCAUUUUGGCAGCUCGCUGGUAUUGGGUCCCUCAUCGGCCUUGGAGGAUAUAUCACUUCACAAGGUGAUCCUUUGAACGGCGCUGGUACAGUGACAGCUUGGUCCCUUCUCUACCUCGCCUUCCACGGCUAUCCGACCCUACGCGCCGGCAAGCCCUGGCCCAUCGCCCUCACUCUGUCAACGGCAGUCGUCGGCGCAGGAGUGCACGGCAUCCAUUACUUUGAUCGCACUUCCUGGAGAGGAGCUAUCCCUGGUCUUUCUGAGUCAGCCACAUCAUCUUCGUCUGACCGAGCGAAACCUUUCGCAUCUUCAACUACGACCUCACAAUCCUCUUCCGCUGUCCCAGCCCUGAUGCUCCUCAGCACUGCCAUUGCAGCUCGUCGUGGCGCUGUCCGUACCGCCGCCACCUCGUCUGCAAGCAUGACGCGCUACUCUUCUACGAGCAGCAAAGCCACGCGCUUUGUCAAGCCCCUCGACCCGUCGACUAUUCCACGCGGCUUUGCAGCAGCCUACGGCUACGCAGGCAUCAAGGCUGCCAUCUCUCCCAAGCCCGUCCCAGACGCAAAUGCCGGCCCACCUCCAUCCCCCUCUGCCUCGACCGCAGCCACAACGACCCCUAAGCCCGACCUGGCGCUGAUCGUCUCUACAACGAGCAAGCCUGCAGCUGCGGCAGGCACCUUCACCAAAAAUGUCUUCAAAGCUGCGCCCGUCGUCUUGUCCAGCGAGAUCAUCGCGCAGGUAGGGCGAGCACGCUCCAUCCUCGUCAACUCAGGAUGCGCAAAUGCAGUCACCGGUCAACAAGGCCUUGAAGACGCCAAGCGCUGUGACUCCGAAGUGGCCCGACUCCUCAAGAGCUCGCAGGAGGACAAGACCGUUCUUCUCUCUACGGGGGUCAUCGGCGUUCCCCUGCCAAUGCCUGCCAUCGAGGCUAAGCUGCCCGACCUGGCAGAGCAGAUCCAACAGCAGGGAGAGGUAUCCUCGCCUGAGCAGUGGCACGAAACAAGUCGCGCCUUUAUGACGACGGACACUUUUCCUAAGCUGCGCACGCGCGUCUUCCAACUAGACGGGCAGGAGUACCGUAUGCUGGGGAUCGAUAAGGGAGCAGGUAUGAUUCACCCCAACAUGGCCGGUCCCAGCUCAGCAGGUGGAGCUUUGCACGCUACCUUGCUGGGGUUGAUCGCAACAGACGCGCCCAUCCAUCCAACGGCGCUGCAGAGUGCCCUCAACCACGCGGUCGCUCGCUCCUUCAACUGCAUCUCCGUCGACGGUGAUAUGAGCACAAACGAUACCAUCCUCGCCCUGGCCAACAACCAUGCGCAAGUCCCCGACUCGCAACUCCUCACCGAGUCUUCCGCCUCUUACGCCCAGUUCCGUGACGUUCUCACUCGUUUCUGCAUCGAGCUUGCCCAGCUCAUCGUCCGCGACGGUGAAGGAGCAGAGAAGUUCGUCGAGGUCCAAGUGAAGGGAGCGCCCAAUUGGGAGACGGCCCACGCUGUCGCGGGGAGUGUCUCGACGAGCGCGCUGGUCAAGUGUGCGCUCCACGGUGGGGAUGCGAAUUGGGGACGAAUCCUUUGUGCAGUUGGGUACGCAAAGCUACCUGCUGGAGAGAGUGAGGGGGCAGCAAAGGGGUGGAGCAUCGAUCCUGCUAAAGUGACGGUUCGUUUCUUACCGCCUUCUACUGCAGCGUCUGUUAGCGGAGCCAACGGUGAGGCCUUCAAGCCUCUUGUGGUGCUCAAGAACGGAGCUCCGCAGCCAGUGGAUGAGACGGAGGCGGGACGAUUGCUUGCAUUGGAGGAUAUUGUGAUUGAGGUGGACCUUCAAGGAGGGGCGUGGGCUGACGUCAAUGGUGGGAAGGAAGCAAAGGCCAGCGCGACGUACUGGACGUGCGAUUUUAGUAAGGAGUAUGUGGCGAUCAAUGGUGACUACAGGUCGUGACGAGGCUGUGGAGGGAGAAGGUUGAGACCGUGGAUCGCAAGGCUGUCUAUUAGAAUGGUGGCAAUGAAGGACAAGUACAAAUGCAUAACUCUCCGAAGCGUGGCUCCUCA